AUGAGGCCUUCGACUGUUGUUCAGGGCGGCAUGCCCGGUGGUGCGUACACGCCGAACGAGGGGAAUGUACUGACAGUCCAGGCAAGACCUGGGGUUGCGGACGGGUUGGAGCGAGAGAGUCCCACGAAGUUGAUCGGCACAGAAUGCGUCGGAGUAGGAGCUCGGCUAACAGGACAGAUCGGAUGGUGGGGUGCCAUGGGUGGACCCAAGCAGAAGGGUAUCUACACCUACUCCAUCUCCAACAACCAGCAGGCUGCUAUGCGCGGUGCCAUCCCCGGCUACAUCUUCUGGGGCUUCCGUCGCAUCGCCGCUCAGGUUCCCUACUUCGCCCUCCCCUUCGCCGCCGGCUACGCUACUUACGUCUGGGGCAAGAACAAGUACGCCUGGUACAACUCUAAGGAGGGACACCACAUCAUGCACGAGGCUGAGGCCGCUGCUGGUGGCCACUAA